UCAUAAUUUCAUACACCUAUUUCAGCAAUAUCGACAGUUAUGUGUCAGAAUUGCCAGUUUCGAUGUCCAUCAGAAACGAAGGAACUCAAAUGUGGUUUUUUCGAGAAAUUAUAUACGAUGUUUCCAAGCGAAUGUGCUAUGAGAGCCCACGCCGAAUGUCACAACAUUGAUAUUGUUGAAACACCAAUAUCAUAUUGCAUAAAAGCCCACUCUUUAGAGACUCGUAGGAUGCAUGGAGAAUCUUGCCCGGUGUUUUGUCCAAACCAUUACAGACCUGUAUGUGGAGCGUCCAAGUUGAGAGAUUACAUUUACAGGACAUUUAAUAAUAGAUGUUAUUUAGACAUGCUUAACUGCCGGGGAGACGAGGAUUUUUCUGGUUAUGUUGAAGUACCGCUGGAGUUUUGUCAACGGCACCUUAUGAAAAAUAUUUUCAAAGAACAAGUUGUCAUAUCGAAUUUGCAUGACUAUCAGGACUACGACCACUAAUUAUUAUUCAACGCGUACAUGACAUCCCUAGUAUUGAAGGCGUCCAUAGACUACAGUGACCGUUUACAAUCAGACGACCUAUAUGCUUAUUUGGCACUUUUGUGAUAUAUAAAAAAAUAUAUUUUUUAUAAUUAUCAUCAA